UAUUCAUCAUUACUUAUUUACAUUUUUUUUUUACAUUAAAUUACCUGUAGUUUGAGGUGCACAGAGCUGCACGUGCGACUGAAGUGAAACAGAGGGAGGUCUAGAAGUCUCGCUCUGUGCCGCACGCGCCUCCUUUAAACCGGUUUACCGUUAACUGGCUCAGCCCAGGAUAAUCCCUAACCCAGAGCUCAUAGCGGAGAAUUCCUACACGGAGCUCGGGGAAACUAUUUACACAAAAAAUGUACAUUUUAUAAAUAAUGUAUUAUUAAUGGCCGGUCCCUCGUCAUGGUUUUAUAGGGCUUUAUACACCGGGUUGAUCAUGUAAACCCUCUCGCGCCGCUGCUGUGUGUCACCUGUACAGGUAGCUAAUGCUAAAGUCACCUCAGGUAAAUUACUUCGACGGAAACCCUGUCGAAAGAUUAGUCUUUAGCUGUUUUUUUUUUUUGUUUUUUUUUGUUUUUUUCAUUUUAUUUUAUUGAUAUGAAGUAGACUGAACGGAUUUUUUUUGCAUGAGUCGUGGAAAAGAAGAGGAUAAAAGAGGGCCAGGUCGCUCAGCUAACAGGUGAAGGAGGAAAUAUUUAUCCUGACUGAAGUGAGAAAAUGGAAGUGGUGCCCAAAGAUGGGGCUGCAGUGGGGGCCGCGGGGGAGCUCCAGAGGUCAGACACCCUCAACUCCACAAGUUCGUCUGGGGCGCGCAGGAGGACCGGAGGAGCCAAGAAGCAGAUGCAAGCCAACAAGUCCAAACUCCGAGCACCAAGAGCUCUGUGCUGCCUUACACUCAGCAACCCCAUUCGCAUGGCCGCCCUAGCCCUUGUGGAGUGGAAAUAUCCUUCGGCGGCUCCCUUUGAUAUAUUCAUCUUGAUAGCCAUCAUUGCUAACUGUGUAGCCCUUGGUGUGUCACGACCGUUUCCCGAAGACGAUUCCAAUGCCACCAAUCACAAUCUGGAAAAAGUGGAAUACAUCUUUCUGGUUAUUUUCACCAUUGAAACCUUCACAAAGAUCCUGGCCUAUGGUCUGGUCAUGCACCCCAGUGCCUACAUCCGCAGUGGCUGGAACCUGCUGGAUUUCAUCAUUGUCAUUGUCGGGCUCUUUAGCGUUGUGGCAGAGAUGGGGGAACACAAACGUGGAGAUGCCCAUCAUGCAUCCGGUAAACCAGGUGGCCUGGAUGUCAAAGCUCUCAGAGCUUUCAGAGUACUACGACCUCUACGCUUGGUCUCUGGCGUGCCCAGUUUGCAGAUUGUGCUGAACUCCAUCAUGAAGGCUAUGGUUCCUCUGUUUCAUAUUGGUCUGCUUGUCAUGUUUGUCAUAAUCAUUUAUGCCAUUAUUGGCCUGGAGCUCUUCAUUGGCAGGAUGCACAAGACAUGCUACUAUGUCGGGACAGAACUUUAUGUGGAGGAUGAUCCGACACCAUGUGCAUUUGCCGGUAAUGGCCGUUUCUGUGUGGGUAACAAUACCGAGUGCAGGGGAGUCUGGGAAGGCCCCAACGGCGGCAUCACGAACUUCGACAACAUCUUCUUUGCCAUGCUUACUGUUUUCCAGUGCAUUACUAUGGAGGGAUGGACUGAUGUUUUGUACUGGAUGAAUGAUGCGAUUGGUUAUGAGCUGCCCUGGAUUUAUUUUGUGUCUCUAGUCAUCUUUGGAUCCUUCUUUGUUCUAAACCUUGUUUUGGGUGUUUUGAGCGGUGAGUUCUCUAAGGAAAGAGAGAAGGCUGUGUGUCGUGGUGAACUUCAAAAGGCUCAGGAGAAACAGCAGAUGGAAGAGGACAUGGUGGGCUACAUGGACUGGCUCAUUGAGGCUGAGGAUAUGGAUGAAGAUGGCAAUAAACGUGCUGUGGUGGCGAAGAAAAAAAUGAUGAAGAAAUAUGGCUGGUAUAAACACAGUGAAGACGGAGAAUCAGAUUCAGACUCAGAGUUCGAGGCUUUCCUAGAUGAUGAUAAUGGCUGCUGUGCCUCUAUACAGGCCAAACUGCUGACUAUAAGCUUCUGUGAGCAGCUUUACCAUUUGAACUUAGUCCUAAGGAAGAACUGCCGAGUGGCAGUGAAGUCCACUAACUUCUACUGGCUGGUGUUGCUGUUGGUCUUCCUCAACACAGCAGCGAGUGCCUCAGAGCAUUACGGCCAGCCUCAGUGGCUCACUGAUAUACAAGAACGAGCAAACAAGAUCCUGCUGGCCCUUUUCACCCUGGAGAUGCUGAUGAAGAUGUACAGCUUCGGCUUCCAGGUCUAUUUUAUAGCUCUCUUUAAUCGGUUUGACUGCUUUGUGGUGUGUGGUGGGAUACUCGAGACUGUACUUGUGGAGAUGGAUGUGAUCCCACCUAUUGGUAUAUCUGUACUGCGAUGUGUCCGUCUCCUCCGCAUCUUCAAAGUUACUCGUCAUUGGGCUGCUCUCUCAGAUCUGGUCACCUCUCUGCUGAACUCAAUGAAAGCCAUUUGUUCCCUGCUGCUGCUACUCUUCCUCUUCCUCAUCAUCUUUGCCCUGUUGGGCAUGCAGCUGUUUGGUGGCAAGUUCAACUUUGAUGAGACCCAGAUGAAGAGAAGCACAUUCGACACCUUUCCCUCUGCCUUGCUCACUUGUUUCCAGAUUCUUACUGGAGAGGACUGGAACUCAGUUAUGUAUGAUGGCAUCAUGGCAUACGGAGGACCCAUUUUCCCCAACAUGAUUGUUUGUAUUUACUUUGUCAUUCUUUUUGUCUGUGGUAACUACAUCCUACUGAAUGUCUUCUUGGCUAUUGCUGUGGAUAACUUGGCAGGAAAUGGAAAAAAGAAAAAAGAAGAAAAACCAGAAGAGGAAGAGUGGGAAGAUGAUGAAGGCAGGGAAGAUGAUGAAACUGGAAAUGACACAGAUGACUGGGAGGAGAGUGAAGAGCUAAGAGCAAUUGAGGGUCUUGAGGGUGCUGUGCCAAUGAAAGUGGAAAGUUUUCAGCCCAAAGAGAAAAUUGUCCCCAUACCUGAUGGGAGCUCCUUCUUCAUUCUAGGCAAGAAAAACUGCCUCCGAGUUGCUUGUCACAAUCUCAUUUACCAUCCUUACUUUACCAACUUCAUCCUCCUCUUCAUCAUCCUUAGUAGUUUCUCACUGGCUGCUGAGGACCCAAUCAAAACUCAUUCAGUUCGGAACAUUAUGCUCGGCUAUGCUGAUUAUGUCUUCACCACUGUCUUCACCAUUGAGAUUAUACUGAAGAUGACAGUGUAUGGUGCUUUCCUUCAUCAAGGCUCCUUCUGCAGAAAUGCUUUCAAUCUCUUGGAUCUGCUGGUCGUCAGCGUGUCUCUGACAUCUUUCUUUCUGCAUUCGAGUGCCAUCUCUGUGGUAAAGAUUCUGAGAGUACUGCGAGUGCUCAGACCUCUCCGAGCCAUCAACCGAGCAAAGGGACUCAAGAGUGUAAUCCAGUGUGUGUUUGUGGCCAUCCGCACCAUUGGCAACAUCCUCAUUGUCACCACUCUCCUGCAGUUCAUGUUUGCGUGCAUUGGAGUACAGCUCUUCAAGGGACGUUUUUAUAGAUGCACAGAUGAGGCCAAACACACACCAGAGGAAUGCAAAGGCACGUUUGUGGUGUAUAAAGAAGGCGAUAUGAAUCAUCCAAUGGUGAAGGAGAGGUUUUGGGUGAACAGUGAUUUUAACUUUGAUAACGUGCUGAUGGGCAUGUUGGCACUUUUCACUGUGUCUACGUUUGAAGGCUGGCCACAGAUUUUAUAUAAAGCCAUUGAUGCUAAUGCUGAGAACAGAGGCCCCAUCUACAACUGCCGUGUGGAGAUCUCAAUCUUUUUCAUCAUCUAUAUCAUCAUCAUUGCCUUCUUCAUGAUGAACAUCUUUGUGGGCUUCGUCAUCAUCACGUUCCGUGAACAAGGAGAGGUGGAGUUCAAAAACUGCGAGUUGAACAAAAAUCAAAGGCAGUGUGUAUACUAUGCUCUGAAAGCCCAACCUAUAAAGAUCUACAUACCCAAAAACCCAUCGCAGUUAAAGUUCUGGAGGAUCAUCAACUCCUCUCAGUUUGAAUAUAUCAUGUUUGUUCUCAUUCUGCUCAAUACACUUACUUUGGCUGUACAGCACUAUGAGCAGUCGAAGCUCUUCAACUUUGUCAUGGACAUCUUGAACAUGAUCUUCACCACGCUCUUCACUAUUGAGAUGAUCAUCAAACUGCUCGCUCUGCGGCCAUAUCACUAUUUUAUAGAUGCUUGGAAUUCUUUUGAUGCCCUGAUAGUGGUGGGGAGUUUGGUUGACAUCAUGAUUGCUGAGUUUAGUGGUGGUGGAGGUCAUGGAGAGGGUAAGGGGGAUGGGGAAAAUUCCAAGGUGUCCAUCACUUUCUUUCGGCUCUUCCGAGUCAUGCGAUUGGUCAAACUACUCAGCAAAGGCGAGGGCAUUCGCACGCUUCUCUGGACAUUUGUGAAAUCCUUACAGGCUUUGCCAUAUGUUGGUCUACUCAUCGCUAUGAUCUUUUUCAUUUAUGGUGUAAUUGGGAUGCAGACGUUUGGGAAGAUUGCUAUAGAUGACGACACAGAGCUCAAUCGCAACAACAACUUCCAGACCUUUUUCAUGGCAGUGCUCCUGCUCUUCAGAUGUGCAACAGGAGAGCAAUGGCAAGAGAUUAUGCUGGCAGCACUGCCAGGCCGACGGUGUGACCCUGAGUCAGAUUAUGAGCCAGGGGAGGAGUACAGCUGUGGCAGCAAUCUGUCCUACCUGUAUUUCAUCAGCUUCUUUGCUCUCUGUGCUUUCCUGAUCAUUAACUUGUUCAUUGCUGUCAUCAUGGACAACUUUGAGUAUCUGACCAGGGACUGGACCGUGCUGGGCACUCAUCAUUUGGAUGAGUUUAAGAGAGUGUGGUCAGAUUAUGAUCCUGAAGCCACGGGAAGAAUCAAGCACUUAGAGGUUGUGACCAUGUUGCGCCGAAUUCAGCCUCCCCUUGGUUUUGGCAAACUCUGUCCUCACCGGGUUGCCUGUAGGAGGCUGGUCACUAUGAACGUGCCUCUUCAUCCUGAUGGUACUGUGUCUUUCAACGCGACCCUGUUUGCUCUUGUCAGAUCUUCACUCAAGAUUAAAACUGAAGGGCCAAUUGACAAGGAGAAUGAAGAAUUGAGAGCCAUUAUUAAAAAGAUCUGGAAGCGCACCAAGCCUAAACUCCUUGAUGAGGUUAUACCACCCCCUGCAGGAGAGGAGGUGACUGCGGGAAAGUUCUAUGCAAGUUUCCUCAUCCAGGAUUACUUCAAGAAGUACCGUAAGAGGAAGGAAAAAGAGAAAAAGAAGAAGGGCAAGGAUAAGUCAGCUUCCCUUCAGGCUGGGCUGAGAACUCUGCAGGAUUUGGCUCCAGAGAUGAGGCUAGCUAUGGAAAUGGAGGAGGGCCAGGAGGAGGUGUUCGAAGGUGAUAUGAUAGAAGAGGAGGAGUUCUUCAGGAGUGACAGUGUCUUCAGUGAUGGUCAUCUGACUCCAUCCUUGUCCACCCCCGUGGGCACUCCAUUGCCCCUGCAGUUUGAAGAGGUUAGCGUGAGCAUCGAGCCCCCUCCUGGUGAUACUCUGAGGCUAGAGGAGGCGCUGGAGGACUCUCGACCGGCCUCAGCACUCUCAGAGAAUGAGGUGGUGCUUGAGCAGCCACACAGGCUGACUCCUCUGCCCAGAAGGCCACCUGGCACUCAGUUACCACCUCCUCCGGAUGAAAGGACGCAGAGUGCAGGAGGUGAAGGAGAAAGCACAGGGACAGGAGGAGGAGUAACAAGUGCUACUGAACAGAGUCAAGUCGACAAGGAAGACACUCAGAGCACAGUGUCACAUGACAGACAGCAACAUCUAGAAGCCCCUCCCUCAACACAGACUGUACCUCCUCCAGUCUCCAGUGGCAAUAAUGCAGAAGCGGCAUCAUUACAGCCAGGCAACGUUAACAGCAAUGGUUACAAAGUUGCUGAAAACGGCUAUAGUGGGAACACUUACUCUACUAGUAGCUACAAUGCUUACCAUUCAAAUGGCUACAAUGGCAAUGUUUCACCUACAAAUGGCUACAAUGGCAAUGUUUUGCCAACAAAUGAAUACAAUGGCAACACUUCACAUACAAAUGGCUACAAUGGCAACACCUCACAUACAAAUGGCUACAAUGGCAACACUUCACAUACAAAUGAAUACAAUGGCAACACUUCACAUACAAAUGAAUACAAUGGCAACACUUCACAUACAAAUGGCUACAAUGGAAGCACAUACCCAGUAAAUGGCUACAAUGGAAAUGGUUACCAAAGUAAUGGUUACCACAGCAACGGUUACUCCAGCAAUGGUUACAGUGCCAGUGGAUACAGCAGCAAUGGCUAUGGUGGCAACAGACAAAACAGUAAAGGAUAUGCAACUCGAAGACGCUUCCUUCCUCCCACUCCUUCAGGACGCAAGCCAAAUUUCACUAUCCAGUGUUUGAGGAGACAGGACAGCAUUGAUGACAUCCCCAUCCCUGGUACUUAUCACCAGAACUCACCUCCCUGCAGAGCACGAGAGCAAACACAAAACAAUUAUGACUCUCGGCGCAGCAGCAUGUCCUCAGCAGCCUCGUCAUCCUCAUGGGCGAACACUCAGACGCGGCCGGGCCGUGUGCUCUAUGCUCCCCUCAUCCUGGUGGACGAGGCAGGUGGAACUCAGACCAUUUGGAGCGACACUAAUGGUAGCACCAGCCUGCCAGCUGCAGCCCGUCCCGGGUGGCACGCAAACCAGGGUGUCUCUCUGUCCCAACGGCAGCAGGCAUAUGCUACUCUGAGGGUGCCGUCCCAGCAAGCCCCAGGCUACAUGGAGAAAGGAAGUGCUGACAGCCUCGUAGAGUCGAUCCUAAUAUCUGAAGGCUUGGGCCUCUACGCCAAAGAUCCCAAAUUCGUAGACUUUACUAAGCGAGAGAUCGCUGACGCAUGCAACAUGACCCUGGAUGAGAUGGAGACUGCCGCGACCGACUUGCUGAGUCGAGGUGCACCUGGGCAGCCAGUCAGACCCUUCGAGGAGGAUCUGUCUGACGAAAUGAACUGUGUGAUAUCAUACUGAGGGUUCUCACUUUGAGAGAAUGAAAGAGGAGAAUAAAGACAUAUUAAAGAGAUAAAGAGAGAGAUAAACAAAGAAAGCAGUUUGGUGCCAGAAUGGGUAAACUGCAAGGUGGCAGACUUUCUCUGUGCUACUUUUGCAGAUUCACGAUAGUGUAUUGAGCUGUGCUUUUCUGACUUAUUGAACAUUAUAUGAUUUUAGAUGUGAGAAAGAAAGCAGCCUUUGACUGACAUUCAACUAUAAAUGGACAAGUUCACAGUAUUAGAUAAAUAACGAUUUACCUGACAAUAUGGCACAAUACAAUUUAAUAGAUGUUAUCAGAAUAAACAUAUCUAAUAUACAGACCAAUACCUGAUCUGCUGACUAUAAGCUUAUCAAGGAUACUGAUAUUACAGCUCUUAGUAAUCCUAAUGAUCCUUUUUACCUUUAUUCUGCUUAUAUGUUACAAGGAUUUUUGUCUAUUGUAUUAGAAAUGAAUGCCCAGGAAAGCAGUAUUAGCCUUAUAUUGUAAUGAUAGUUUAAAAAGAAAUAGAUUAAAAUGUUGCAUACUUUAUAAAUGUCUCUUUUGUUUUACAGAAUGAGCUAUUAUUUAUUAUGCUCUGUUAUUAUGUUGAUACUCCACAGUUUUAUGUAUGUGAUAAAUCAUUCUACUCUUUUAAACUUCUUUUACCGUUUAAUGCACAUUGGUUUUUUUCUCCACAAUCAAUCCAAGGCAUUUUAUUCUAACCCUUUUUACCCUUUACUUAUUUUUGACUCCAAACCUGGUUGCCUCUGCCAGGAGGUCCAGACAUGGCCAUCAAUCUUUUAACAAUUAUGACCCCAAUCCUAAUCAACACAGAAACUGUUUCAGUGUUUUGCAAUGAUCAUCUCAUUGUCUGUAUUUGAAUAAUAUUAAAAAUCUGUAGUCUGAAUUAAAGAUGGCAGUUCACAUAUUCUGCUUCAAAUGUUGUGUAUGGAGGAGGGUCCAAGAUCCUCUACAACAGUCUGCAUCCUUGUUAGGAAUACAUUAAGAGGCUCAGUGCCGUCAUUCUGUAAUAAUGCUAAAUAAUG